ACGUAUUAAAACUCCGCUUCCUUCUCUGUGCUUCGUCCCGGCAACAAUCCCAGGUCAAGAUUCUCGGUUAUCUAUCUUUUACUCUGGGAAGAAUCAAACCAGCCCCCCUCAGCCCCCACCACCCAAACAACAGAAAAGAAAAGAAAAGGAAUGGCAGAACCGAUAGGUAUAGCCUCUGGCCUACUGGCGUUGGCAACUUUUGCUUUCAAGUCGAGCCUAUCGCUUUACGAGACAGUCAAUAGCUUCCGGUCUCACACAAAACGUGUACGCGACCUGAUUGAGGAGCUGGAGGCUUUGAGCGGUGUUCUCGCCCCGCUCCAGGAGCUGUUAGAUACCACCACGGAUGAGAAUCUUUCUGCACUCGAACUGCCAUUACGAAGCUGCGGCAAUGCGUGCAGCGAGUUCGAGCAGGAAAUAAUCAAAUGCUCGUCACGGUCCGCUAACCGAACCAGCUUCCGAGACUGGGCCAAGUUAAGGUACCUGGGGGAUGAUAUCGAUGGUUUCAGACGAAUGCUGUCCGGAUAUAAAUUGACGAUCAAUAUUGCCCUUACCGAUGCGAGCCUCCGCAAAAGUUCCGUCAAUGCCGAGGCCAUUGAAAGCUACAAAGAUCUCAUAGAGACUACCAAGGCAGAUCUUGAAUCCCACCUGGAAACCAUCGACGAAAAGUUGCAGCGUAUCGUUGGGCAAACCGUGACCACAGAGGACGCAGAUGCCUUGGAGCUGCGGCGAAUCAAGGAAGAGCGCAUGAGCACAGAGAAAUGUCUUCAAAUAUGCGCCCAGUUAUCCGACCACAUUGAUCAGAUUCAGCUCUCAACCAAGAGCAGUGACAGUGCCGCAGGACCACCUGGCUCAGAUGCUUACCCAGAACGAGUCACCGAUGAGAGCUUGCAGGACUGUAAAAAUAAACUGGCCGGCACGAUCACUCAAUUGGAAAAGCAUAUGCAAGACCUGACGGACCGAUUACUGGUGAAGUCGAAAGCAGCGAUGACGUCUGAGAAAGAUAUCAUGGAGCUGAAAAGGCUGCAGGAUGAGUGGCAAACCGCCCACCAGUGCAUGGACAUCUGCUCCAAGGCCGAUACCCGGCUAAAGGAAAAUAUCAGCAACAUUCAUAACUAUGGCACCGGGGAUGCCUUGCAAUUCAUGGUUUCGACCAACGGGAAGACCAUCAAUGGUACAAACCGAGGUCUGGGGUGGAGGUCAAGGCAGGUUGGAGGCCACCUCAGCGAUGCCUCCGUCCAACAGUUAUCACGCGAUAUGACAAAUAUCAACUUUCGCAUAAUCGAAGCCGACGGCCAGACGGUGCGAGAUUAUACCAAUACGAUUCGUGAUCGUCAUGGCGAUGCUGCCUCGGUGGAAGAUUUCAGGGAGCGGUAUGGGCAAGGUUUUACGCUCACCCCCAAGUCUGGGACCAUACAGACGUCACCUACCAGCUUUCAGUAGCGGGUGGAGGCACGAACAGAUCCGGUAGCAUAAAGGAGGAUCAAGGUUGCUAGAAGUAAAUAUACUCUCGGGAAUUCUUAGUAAAGAGAGCCUAGACUAUUAUACGAGUAUUAUGACUCUUGUUCACGGCCCUGAGUAGU